CGGCCUUCAUUCGGUCUUUCGCAAGUUGUAAGCGCACCGUCGUUAAACCGUUUACCCACCUCAGCAUCAUCCAAACUUAAAACAUCUUAAAUCAUGGCAAAGCCCAGAGUUUUCUUCGAUAUUACCGCAGACGGCAAGCCGGUCGGGAGAGUGAUCAUGGAGCUGAGAGCUGAUGUUGUCCCCAGGACAGCAGAGAACUUCAGGCAGCUGUGCACAGGAGAGCCUGGCUAUGGCUACAAAGGAUCCACUUUCCAUCGUGUCAUCCCUGACUUCAUGUGUCAGGGUGGUGACUUCACAAAGCACAAUGGAACCGGUGGAAAGUCCAUUUACGGAAAUAAGUUUGCCGAUGAGAACUUCACCCUGAAACACACUGGUGCUGGUAUCCUGUCCAUGGCCAAUGCUGGUCCCAACACCAAUGGUUCCCAGUUCUUCAUCUGUACAGCUGCUACUUCAUGGCUGGAUGGCAAGCACGUUGUUUUUGGACAGGUUGUGGAGGGCUUGGAUGUCAUCAAGAAAGUUGAGAGUUUUGGUUCUAGUAGUGGAAAGACCAGCGCCAAGAUCGUCGUUGCUAAUUGUGGCGAGCUGUAAACACCUCAACCACCAUUUUCACCAAAACUUUAGUCUAGUUACCCCUCAGUACUCCCUCUCCUAAAUCUUGCAGUUAACCGCAACAUUCCUGUCAAACUUUUAUAACCCCACAUCGUCCAUUUGUUUAUGACGAGUUGCCUUUAUCUGUUUUCUUUUACAAAUGAAGUCAUGUAGGCUUAUUUGUGUAUCAAAUUCUGAAAAUAAAGGGGAACAAU